UGAAAUCAUAAUUCAAUAUGGUAUCGGAGCCUAUUGAUCUGUCUCUUCCUUCUCGAUAACACAAAGAAAAAAAUCGGCCCAACCGAUUCGUCUUCCCACGCCGCCGAUCUCCACCAAUCGGCCAUGGCUGCUCAAUCUUCUGAUCCCAUGGAUCGUCUGCCUACGGGUUUGAAAUUAUUUGUCCGGAAUCUUCAAUCUCUAACUCCGGUCAAACUUGAUGAUACAAAUUAUCCUUCUUGGUCUGCUACGGUUCGUGCAAAUCUCAUCGCUCAUCGUCUCCUCGGAUAUGUUGAUGGUUCAGAAGUGCCUCCUCCACCCCUUGUUCUGGACGAGAAAGCUGCCGCCCCUGGCAAGGAUGAACCGCCAGUUAUGAAACCCAAUCCUGCUUAUGACUCAUGGGUUCUUGUUGAUGCUCAAAUCCGGGCCUGUCUUCUUGCUAUUGUUUCUCCAACCGUUCAGACUCAUAUUCAUGCUCUUCCGUCCUCUGCUGCGAUCUGGAAUCACCUCGAACAACGGUACAAUUCUCUAUCACGUACUCAUAUUUUUCAAUUGAAGGAGCGCCUACAUAGCAUUCAAAAGGGCACUGAUUCCAUGCAAACAUACCUGGACACUGUUCUCACUAUUGUCUCAUCUCUGAAAUUGGCUCAUGAGGACAUCUCUGAACAAGAUAUUAUCCUGUGUGUGCUUCGAGGCCUCCCUACGGACUAUGCCUCGCUCAAACAAAACGUUCGUACUAAUAUUGCAACCGUCACUUUUAAUCAACUCCUCAUCAACAAGAAGGCCCAAAAGGUUGUCUUCGCCGAAGCGGAGAAACCGUUCGUCGAUUUCCUGUUCUACAUCAUGUCUUUACCCGUGGGAACCGUCAUCAAACUUGUGACCCAGAAAGCCAUGGUGGGGUCCCUCGGAAAUCUCUACGGCAGUAUCGCUGACCUCGGCGACACCUACCUCCAACCUGGGACCAACAAGGACACCUUUCUGAACCCCAAAAUGCCAGUUCUAUCCUCCGAUGAUGUGCCGCCCCUCCUCAUGCCGCCUGCCGGCGGCGGAAGAGGCCCUUGUUCAGAGAGGAAGAAGGUUUAUGUAAUGAGCUUGAAACUCCUGAUCAACAAGAAGAACCAAAAGGUUGUCUUUGCUGAAGCCGAAAAACCCUUCGUCGACUUCCUGUUCUACAUCAUGUCCUUGCCGGUGGGCACCGUCAUCAAACUCAUAUCCCGGAAAGCCAUGGUCGGAUCCCUCGGAAAUCUCUACGGCAGCAUCGCUGACCUCGGCGACACCUACCUGCAGCCCGGCAUCACAAAGGAUGCCUUCUUGAACCCCAAAAUGUCUGCUCCCUCGUCCGUCCAUGUUCCCCUCCUCAUGCCUGCUCCUCCGGCAGCCGCCAAGCCGCUGGACUCCAAGAAGGCGCAGCCGUCUUCGGCUGGCGGCGGCGAAGGAGGAGGUGGUGGUGGUGGAUUUGUGAGGGGGGUUGUGGGGUAUAUGGUGAUGGAUGACUUGAAGGUGAUGCCACAGUCUACCAUUUCAGCCAUUACAACAAUGAAUGACAGCAACAUUAAUGAUUUUGGAUCCCUUGAGGUCAAGGUUGUUUCUUUGGAUGUUGAUGUGGCCAAUCCACCUAGCCUUCUUAAGAACAGCAUCACCUCUUCGAAAGGUCUUCAUCCAACGAACAUCUCUAUCAAGAGUGCUCAGGUGCCCAUCAAUCCGUAACCACUGCUUAAUGGCCUCCCAAACCUGCUUUGAGAUUACACACCCAAAAAACAAAUGAUCAAUGUCCUCAAGGGUAUCCCCACAGAGGGUACACUCCAUAGGCAGGCCCAGAAAUUCCAAAUUUGAUUUAGUGGGCAGCCUCCUCCUAAAUACUAGCCACAUCGUAAAGGAGCAUUUAG